UUCACAUUCAUUUAUAUCAAACUAAAGCAAAGCUAAUGAGCUGUCAAACAGCCUUCACACUGUAUGAUAUAUAUCUUUAUAUAUCUUCACUCAUCAUAAUCCCUUCUCCCCCCUCCCCCUUCAUUUAUGUGACUACCCAACAUGGGUAUUCAUCAUGCAACUUCUGAUGGGAUUCUUGAGAAUGUAUGGGCUAAAAUUAUCAGUAGUGAUAGAGCAAAGUCUUCUAAUUCUUGGGAGGAACUUCCUAAUCUUGAUGGACGAGAUGGGUCCACCGAUAUUCUACAAAGACUUCCAAGUUUAGGGAGGUGGAUAUCAAUGGGAGCUGAUUUUUGGGAAGAAGUUUUAGAAGGUAUUGUACCUUACACAAGCAAUACAGAAGAUUCUAGCAAUAACAACUUGGAACUUGGAAGUGCUAGUAAAUCCAAUAAUAAGGUAGAAAGUGGUGUGAGAAGAGAGAAAGCAGAUGCAAAACACUAUCGGGGUGUAAGGAGAAGGCCAUGGGGUAAAUAUGCAGCAGAGAUAAGAGACUCAUCCAAGAAAGGUGCUAGACUUUGGCUUGGUACAUUUGAUACAGCUGAAGAAGCAGCUUUAGCUUAUGACAAAGCUGCUUUGAGAAUUAGAGGUCCAAAGGCAUACCUCAAUUUCCCACUUGAGAGGGUCACAAACACUUUUGUAUGUGACAACAAAGGAACUGAUCUUGCUGCAUGUGCUUCUACAACUUGUGACAUGUAUUGCCAUGCUUGCUCACGCAUUGAGAAAGAAGAAAGUUUCUUCAACUCCCGCAAGAGAAGAUCACGUGAUGUGGAAGUGUUCGUUGAUACGAUGAAUGAACAACCUGCGGCAAAAAAGAUGGUUGGCUUGGAACACAUGCUAGAAAAUGAAGUAAAUGCUUUUGUGUUUCAGGACCUAGGAAGUGAUUACUUGGACAAUUUGUUGUCUUCCUUUUGACAUUGUGCUCACUGCAUUAGUUGAUUAGACUUAGAAGGUGACCAUGUGUAGAAAUUUUAUAGCCAUUUAUCUUAUAUGUGUAUAUCUGUUAUCCAACUGCGGAGUUAAUGGUUUGGCAGAACUAAGUCUCUAAUAUCAUGAUUAAUGUGUACAAUCGAAUUUCUGAAUAUAGAGUUUUAUCAUUUAUGUU